AUGUCGUCUUCCUCGUCUUCGUCCUUGUUUGAAAUCAAUGCGCACGGUCUGUUGAUUGUUUCCACAAGUCUGUCGUUUGAAUACAACAACAACAACGACAACAAUGAUCAUGAUGAUGGUGGUGAUGGCGAUACUGAUAGAGAAGAAUACGGCAAUUCCUAUAGCAAUGCGAUAAACAUGGUCCACGCGGACAAACACGGCCACGAAACAAUAACUCAUCAGCAUCUUUCUCAUUCCUCCUUCUUUUUGACGGUCCAAGAUGCUUCUCCCAAUGAUGCUUGUUCUGCGUUGGACUUACUGGACAAUCAUAAUGAUGCGAACAACAACAAGAAUGGCAAGAAGAAUCCUUCGUUCUGGAAACAAGAAAGCAUUCGUUGGAAUCCAACCGAAGUUGUUUGUCGUCAAAGGAGAAGGGACAGUGGUGCCAAUGACGGCAUGAUAUACCGGAGUGGCAAUUCGACUAUCACAUCUUCUGGUGCUGUUACAACCAUCAAUACGUUUUGUUCCAUUCCAACCAUCCGGACUACCAUCUUGAUUCCACUUUGUUCUCCUGGUAGCAAUGACGAUGGAUCCGAUAAUCGAAACAUUCCAGCACUACUAGACGAAGAAGCACAAACAAGAUCGUUGCUGGUAACGCUCUGGCAACAAGAUGAACCAAUAACAAUGGACAAUCCAACAAGCAAUGACAGCAAUAUUAUUCUAUUGACGAGACGAUUGGCCACUCUUCCGAAAAUGGCUUAUUCCAGCGAUAAUGCUAAUGCCAAUGUCAAUGUCAAUUUCGCCUCGCCCAUUGCUCGCGUGGAACUCAACGCUACUACUACUACCACUAUGCCAGCCUUGCAGCAGCAUCAUCCAAAUCCAAAUCAAUAUCCAAAUCCAUCAAGAACUACUACCAGCAUUACGAUUUGGGAUCUACUGGUAUUGUUGCUGCCCGUCUUGUAUUCAUGGCAUGUACGAGCAUGGCGCCAAGUGUAUUUGACAAGUACCUUGUCCCGCCACGCCACUACUGCUACUACUGCCACUACUACUAAUACUACUAAUAGUGGUGUGAGAGAAGACGAUUUACCAUUCGACCAGAAUCAGGAGGAGGAGGAGGAAGAAGAAGAUUCGACUUUGAAUUUGUCCUUUCCAUCGGCGACGAAGAAGAAUACUAACAGUGAUACUGAGAAUGCGAAAGACCAUACAAUUUGCCGUCAAGAAGAGACUGCGCCACUACUAAAUGCAGUAGUGCAAGAGCAAGCGGAGAAUCACACUCAUGAUGAUGAAGGAUUGGGCAGCCAAACAAAUUCGAAUUCGACUUCGAUUCAACACGAAAAAGAACAAGACGAUGAUGAUUCAUUGCCAACCAAUUCCAAUUCCAACCAAGAUAUUGCUAGUAUUGAUGGCACUCUGGCCGAUUUCAAUGACAAAACUUCGCCAGCCUUGCCAGAUUCUUCCAAUCCAGUAUAUGAUGACGAUGGUGGUAACAAUGACAACGGGACCCUGCUAUCGAUUCGAGCAACAGAAGAAUCGGAACGAUUAUCUAGGGGCCACGGAGAUCUCGUCGAAAAUGUACAAGGGCACAUUGUUCCAUUUCAUGUUGCUGGGUUUCACGGAUCACAUGUUGCACAAGACGAUGUACUGUUGGUGCAAGCUGCGGUGGAUCCAGCAAGGCAGGAGGAAGAAGAAACUACGACAACUACUACCACCACCACCACCACUACGACCAAAAAGCGAAGAACCGCAACGAGUAACAUUGUGACAAUGAUGCCACCAUUGUUGCUCCGAAACGAACAAGAAUUGGCAUUGGUGAUGGAGGGGGCGCCGCAACAAAUUGCUCGACUGGAAGACGGUGAAGUCGAGGAAGAACAAAAUCAUCAAACUCAUCACUGCGGUGUAUUGGUGCAAGCCUUGAAAUGCGAUGAUUCUUCGAGUCGUCGGCAACCAGAAGAUCCAUCGACUGCUGGUGCUGGUGCUGGUGCUGCUGUCAAUACCACUCCAUCGACUGCUGGUAGCCAAGCAGCUCAGACUGAUUUCGAGUCGCCGGUGGCACAAAAUGAAGACAAGCGAUGCAGUACGAACGACGAUUAUUUUCCAAAAGUCAAUGGAGCUAGAUUUUCAGUCUACCAAAAUGAUGAUGAUUCGGCGGACAAAGCUUCUAUUACUACGAAAUCGUCACUGUCGAAAGACGAAUGUUCCAAGUCCACUUUUCUUACCAAUAAGGGUGAUGUUGAUAUGGACGAAGAACCCCAAUGUCCAGCUCCUAGCCGUGAAGAUUGUGCAAAUGAAACACAACAGGAAGCGAUUCUCAAAGAGUAUUCUUUGGAAAUCGAUGAACGAGGCAGCGUCGAAGAAUCCAAGAACUUGUCAGCAGUUCAGGAAGACACAAAAGGUUUAGCAGAUGACGCCGAGUCAAGCUUCAAGGAGGCAUCUAUUAUCACAAACGUUUUGGAUCCAAACGAAUCCGUAUCGCCCACCAAGAAACGAAAUUUGGAAAACAUUUCAGGAGCGAAGCAGUACUAUCAAAAAGGAGAAGGAGAAGGAGAAACACUGUCCAAAAGAAUCAUCCCACAAGUCGGAAAUGAGUUUUUUGGAAUUGUCGAUUCGGAUUCUUCCUCCGAAAGCAUGGAAAAUAUUGAAGAAGAACCACCCGCCAAACAGUCCAAGACCUUCGCAGUAUCAUCGCCUCGCACUACUACUAGUAGCUCUCGGCGGGAACUCGAAGCGACAAGUGAAAUCAACAAUGAGAUGGAAGAUGUCGACAAUCCAAGAAGCAGCAGUAUUGAUGCUGCUCUUAGUGGUGACAAAAAGCACGUCCCGGAAGAGCCUUUGGAAGCUGCCGCUCAAGAAUCCAUAGAGUCUGACUUCGACGAGAAGUCAUUUGCUGCAACAUUUGAUGAAGUCAACGGAAAAAAGAGUACCGACAUUGAACAAAGUCCACCAUUCAAUACUUGGGAAACGUCAGCACUGACAACUGCGAAUAGCAUCAAGACUCCUCUUGAGAAUCAAGACGACGAUCGUUCGACAUCCAACCAAAGCAUGGGAGUCUCGGUUUCUCCUACCGAUGAUUUGCAGCAGGAAGACCAUAUUCCAAGUCUUGGUCAACCUACUGGUCCAUCUCAGGAAACGCCUGACCUUUCUCAAAACAGUAUCUCUGCAACGUCCAAGAAAGUCGAUGAAGAGUCCAACGAAAUGGAAAAUUCUAAAUCGAAGAAUAGCGCCAAAUCGCCACAAGGAGACAUUGAUGACCAAGCGGCAAUGGAAGCAAAGGAAGCUUUCACCAACGGCCAAAGUCCGAACUCACGAGAUGACAAUGAGUCCUACGUAUCUACCUUGCCUCCGGAUAGCGACUACAAUUCUGCUGCGGAUGUAGCAUGGCAUUCCCGGCGUCAGCGACGGGAAGAAAGGAGCAGAGCUUCAGAUGUCAGCUGUCUUACGCCACUCGAUAUGAAGACCAUUGCCUUGGAAGAGGAAGAAAACGAGGAGGCUAGUCAACUCGAUACCAGUAAUAUUUUGACACAGGCCAGCAUCACUGAAGCAUCGGAACCAUCAACCGCCACCCGUACUAGAAGCAAGAGUCGUCCCAAGAUGCAAAAGUUGCUUUCCCGCAAACGAUUCCGUGAAAGUGAACGUGAAGCCAAUCCCGAAAUCACCAUCAUUGAGAAUCUUUCUUCCUUGCCCAAAAAGCCCCGUCCCUUUCGCAAUUCCAAGAUUGUUCCCGACUGGGUUCCAUCCAAUGGCUUGCAGAGCGCGUCGAGCCAAUUUGCCUCAUCGGAAGAUUAUAUUUGGGACAAGAAGAAACCAAAGACUAAUAAGCCAAUCGCAAGAAAGUCCUUAUUGCCAAAUGGAGAUCGUCAUGGCGCAAUGCUGCCACAGCCGGCCCGUAGUGGUGGUGCGAAUAGUACUACUCGCCGCAAGUCAUACGGGGGUGGAAGCACUUGCAGCAGUAGUAUUCAAAAGAAGUAA